UGCAUUAUUUAUUCAGAAUUUCCCCAAAUUUGCUACACAAUUAUUACAGAAAAUAAAAAGUGUGUAAUACAUGUAUAAUUUACUACUGCCUUAUAGAAAGGCAACAGGUAGAAUACCAAUAUAAAACAUAAGCUUUAAAAAGGUUUGAUGUGAUAGAUGAUAGUUAAUAUCACCGGCAAUCGAAUAUUCAACAGCAUUCAUCAAAAAAAUACAAUAAUAGACAGAUUACCUAUGCAAACAAUAUGACCUACUUAAUACGGUAAAUGCAUUUUAUUUAUUUGUUGAAAUAAACGAAUGUUUAUCAACACCCUGUGAAUAUAUACAAUCAACCUGCAAAUAAUUAGGUGCCUGUGAAUUUGUUUGUCAUUAUAGCACUUACGUUCUACAAAUGAAUUGCACCAUAGUACCGCUUUGCUUCGGGGCAGCGUCAUGUUUUGUGACUGCAUUGCCUUAUUUAACAGGCGAUGGGCGUUUCUGGACAGCGGUGGCGCUGUUGAGCAUAUAUUUUGUUUCAGUCCCGUUUCCCUCCAUGGUUUCUCCUCUCGCCGACUAACUUAGCGUUUGGUUCAGUUCAUUAUACAGUCCCAUAUUCUCCCUCCAUUAGGGCAUCUCUCUGCCUUUGGACUGAAAUUUACACCAAAACCCCAGAGAGAAAAGUUUAACUUUCAUAGGGCAAGAUGAAUAUGAAAAAGAGGAUCCACUUGGAACUAAGAAACAGGACACCGUCUGAUGUACAAGAACUUGUUCUUGACAACUGUCGAUCAAAUGAUGGAAAAACGGAAGGCCUCACAGCAGAGUUUGUCAACUUGGAGUUCCUCAGUUUGAUAAAUGUCGGUUUACUGUCUGUUUCCAACUUGCCCAAACUAGGAAAACUGAAAAAGCUGGAGCUGAGUGACAACAGAAUCAGCGGUGACCUCGACGUUUUAGCAGAGAAACUCCCCAACCUUACACAUCUAAAUCUAAGUGGAAACAAGCUUAAAGACAUCAGCACGUUGGAACCCUUGAAAAAGCUUGGAAACCUGAAGAGCUUGGACCUAUUCAACUGUGAAGUGACGAACCUGAGCGACUAUAGGGAUUGCGUGUUCAAGCUCCUGCCCCAGCUCACCUACCUGGACGGAUACGACAUGGAUGAUCACGAGGCCUCAGACUCUGACGGAGAGGUGGUCGACGACGACGAUGACGACGACGAAGAGGGGGAGGAUGAGGAAGACGGAGAGGAGGAGGACUUUGACGAGGAUGACGAUGAUGAUGAGGAGGAGGUAGAAGGAGAGGACGAUGACGAGAGUGGUGCGGAGGAUGAGGAGGAGGACAUCGGGCAGGAAGGUGAAGUGGAUGAUGACGAUGAUGACGAUGAUGACGACGAAGAUGCAACAGCAGCAACAUUAGCAGCAGUAGAAGCCACAAAGGGCGAGAAGAGAAAGCGAGAUCCAGAGGAUGAAGACGACGACGAUGAUGACGAUGACGAUGAUGACGAUUAGGAGGAAAAACAAAUUAAACGAUCCUACCGAGUUACCAACCCCUCUCCCCCCUCCCCUUCCAGAGACUCCCUUUGAACCCCAACCCACCUUAAUUCACACGGUCCGUUCUGCAAUACCAACACCACCCCACCCGUCGCCUCUUCCUGCACCCCCCCUAGCUCUGAGCUCCUGAUUGGAGCAAGACUGUAUAGGAUGGGUGGACCUAGUGGAGAUAACCUACCCCCCCUACCUUAACCCAUGGAUCAGAGAGCCACCCUGCCCCGCCCUUCUCCCCCUCCCCAAGGUUCUCAGGCAGCCCCCACCCCACUCUGCAUUCCUCAAUUUCACUGUCGACUCCUCUUUGUGUAUCUCCGUGUGAGGACUUUGGGACUGGUAUCUAGUUUUGGGUCUGUGCUUUUAAUAAUUUGUUAAAUAUUUUGUUAUUUCUCUUCCUUUUGUCUUUUUCUUUUCUCCUUUGUUUAUUUUUUCCCCCUACCUUACCCCAAUAAGAUUAUUGCUAUAGCAACUGUGCAACAAGCCAGCCAUGUUUUUUUUGUGUGUGCGUGGCUGGUUGUUGCAUAAAUCAAGGUUGUAGCUACAUUUUUACUUUCUGUAUGACAAACAACUUUGUAAAUAAAAUGUUAACAUUUUGCUCUUUU